ACGCUGCACUUUAUGCUCUCGAGACCCGCGGACAACAUCCGCUGCAAAGGCUGUGGACGCAGAGCAGUCGAAUUCAGCAACGAAAAAAUGAUGCAUGCACUUAAAGCUACCGCUGCGUCCAUUACCCUGCUGUGCGCCAGCUGCGUCGACGUCGACGUCUCGCGGCGGCGCGCGUUGCAGCUGCACGCGUUCAGCGCGCCGGUGGUCGUGCCGCCCUUGAUUGCCGUGGCCCCCGCGCAUGCGGCGUCGAAGAAGUACAGUGCGGCUGACGCGCAGAAGGCGUUCGGCGAGCUGAAGGCGGCGCGCGCGGCGCUCGACGCCGUCGACAAGCCUCUUGCGGGCGGCGACCUGGAAAAGGCCGCGGCCGCGCUCCAGGCGCCGCCCUUGGUCGCGUUCGAGGAAAACGCGACGAUUAUCGUGCAAGCUCCGGUCCUGACUGUGGAGGACAAGAAGGCGAUCGGGACGAUCCGCAGAUACGGCGUCGCGGCCGACGUCAUCAUCAUGACGGGCGGCCUCUCUGAAGCACUGGACAACGGGGACGUGCGGCAGGCGAAGUCGUUCCUCGCGAAGGCGAAGGGGUCGCUGGACGAGGUCAUCGGCGUCGCGCGGGGCGGGGGGCUGCGAUGA